UCCUUACCAGACACCAUACUGUAUCCUCCCAAAUCCCCCUCCUAUCAGUGUACACUUCAUGUCUGCACUGUUGUUAGUGACCACCCAUUGAGCCCAGGAUACAGAGGAGGUAAUCAGUUUCUGUGCUUGUUGGUGCUGCUGUGUAACUAUAUCAGGGGGUGAGCGAGCAUCUGUAUAUUUUAUUCUCUAUAAUAAAUGUGGGGCUGGUGCAUAGGAUUGCAGUAAACAGAAGGGAGUGUAUUCUGUGUAGAACAGAGUAACUGUUUUACAUGAUGUUUAUUUAGUAUUGUGGCAGGAGGAUAAGAUGAAUGUCUUUAUAUGGGGAUUGUGCUGCAAAUUAUAGGAAAUUCGAGGAGUAUAUGCCGCUAUUUAUUUUACUUAUUUAGGAAUAAUUGUGUUUUGUAGAUCUGUUCAGUAGCUCUUUGAAGAUUAUAUACACACAUACAGUAUAUUAUGGAAAUAUACUGUCAUUCAUGGAUUCUGGAGAAUUAAUAACAAAAUAUAUAUAUUUUAUAUAUAUAUAUUUUUUUUUUUUUUCUUUAUUUUUUUUUUUUCCUUGUGCAUACGAUUACAACAUGCCUGUAGUGCCACAACGGCGUGUACAAGCUAUUCAAUGGCAGGGUAAACAGCACAUUUAAAAUAUAUGUAUGUUUUUGAAGGUUGGUGCAAGCGUUCAAUAAAACCGGUCAAUGUCUCUUUGGUGCCUGAGAUUAUUGGGAGUUAAAAUGCCAGGCAGAUUCCAUUUCUGUUGCCAUCAGUCAAGUGGUACCCCCAGACAGCAUGGCAGUGAUCCGUGCCAAAUUACAUCACCAGCUGUGCUAAAUGGAUUCUAAAAUUUGAUUAAAAAAAAUUUAAACAACACAUAUACAUACAUAUAUACACACACACACAUGGAAUAGCCAGCACUUGUGGAACUUGUAAAUAUAAUGUAUUAAUCCAUAGAUAACGGCAUUGUGGUCCAACCUAUGGGAGCUUUAAACUAUUUUGGCCAGGAUCUAUGUACCUUAGACUUAAAGGACCACUAUGGUGCCCUGAGGGAGAGAAGAGGAAAGGGUUAAAACUUACCUUUUUUCCAGCGCCGAGCGGGGAGCUCUCCGCCUCCGAUCCUCCUCUUCUCCUCCCUUUCGCCUGAAUGCGCACGCGCGGCAAGAGCUGCGCGCGCAUUCAGCCGGUCUCAUAGGAAAGCAUUCAUAAUGCUUUCCUAUGGAUGCUUGCAUGUUCUCACUGAUUUUCACAGUGAGAAUCACGCAAGCGCCUCUAGUGGCUGUCAAUGAUACAGCCACUAGAGGAUUUGGAGGCUGGAUUAACCCUAACAUAAACAUAGCAGUUUCUCUGAAACUGCUAUGUUUAUUUUAAAAAGGGUUAAUCUUAGCUGGACCUGGCACCCAGACCACUUCAUUAAGCUGAAGUGGUCUGGGUGCCUAGAGUGGUCCUUUAAGAAACACUGUUGCCAUGUUUCAACUUUUCAAAUAUCUAUCUAGUGUGUGUUUUGUAAAGAGUAAAUAUUGAAGAAAAAUAUAAUAUUUUCAUUUAAUUUCUAAGUUCUGCAGAAGUCAGAACCAAAAGGUGAGCAGGUGCCUUGCGGGACCCAGGGAAGAGGGCAAACCAUUGCACAACUGUUUGGCCAUUACCAGGACAGUCACCAGGGUACUCCAUGGAAUAAACUACCACUGGGGUAGAGGUUAUGAUGCUCGGAUUUAAUUUCUAGUCUCUGUUUUAUUAAUUGGUAAAUCACUGUUAAUUUUUUGUAAUGUGAUUGGGAAGUACAGGGACUUGUCCAUGCAUUGAUUUGUAAAGAUCAUCGCAGUCAAAUUUAAACAGCUUUGGGUAGACAGCGUUAGAACCGCUCCAUUUUUAGCCUGAGUUUUUACAACUCUCCUGCUAAUCCCGAUAUCAUUGUCAGCUCACUAGAAUUUGCCAACUACAUUAGCCAUAAAUGUUUUGAUGUACUUCAAACAUAACACUUUUCAUUGACAGAGGGGAAACCCGAAACAUCUUUCUUUUUGGUCCUUCAAAUCAAUUUUAGGUAGCACUACCUGUGCGCAAGUAGUUAGGCUUCUUGGAUUUUUUUCUGUAAUACCUUUUCCUGGUUUCAUAAACGGACAAUCAUCUGACCUCUCAUAACCAGUUGUUGACAUAUGUUGAAGCAGAAUUGGCUGAUAUCUCGCUCAGCUUUUCCUUGGUCCACAUUUCAUUAUUAGUCAGCAGGAGUAGAUAAAUGAGGUCACAUGUUCUCGCACUAGCCUUGUUUCUACACAAUCCCUCUGUCCCUAGUUUGGCGGCCUGUUUGAAAUUCAGAAUUUCAUCCUUAGUAGUUUCUGGGUCUAACACAAGGAAAACAUUUCUAUUCAGAACAGCGUGAGUGCAUCAAUGGAUGCUCUCCUGCUGCACAUAGUAAAAUUAGAGCAUUUCAAUAGCGCUUUAAUUAUGGACUGUCCUUAGUGGGGAAAGCUAGCCAGAAUAUCAGGCAGUGUGUCAUGCCUGCUGUGAGGUUACACCAAAUAAUCACCUGUGUUGUUUUUUUUUUCCCACCCACAGUUUCUUAUUUUACAAUCCAAUUUCUGCAAAUUGAUAUGGGCCUUGAACACAAAUCCUCACCCAAUUCAGACUGGUCCAGACAGUGUUCCCGUACUCUACACAGCUAUACGCAGUUAUGAUCAUGGAAGUUUCUCCAGACUGGAUUUUAAUUUUUCUCCAUACCUCAGAAACAAUGCCAUCUUAAACCACAUGGAUUAUUAACCCUGCUACUAUCAGACUUACAGGAAGUUUUCAAGUUGUCAAUUUGCAAGUUUCAACUCAUUUUAGACCUCAUGCAUCUUCAUAUGCACACAUAUUUUGUGGGCAGCUACCAAAAAAGAGAAAAGUCUUCAAAUAAUAGUUAUUUUUCUUCUCAUCAAGAGCUUCCAGCAACCUGCCUGAUAGGCUGAAUCAACUCUGGUAAGUUUACAAGCCAAUGGCAAAAGCAACAGUUUGGUUGGGCAAAAAAAAAAAUAAAGUAAUGGAACUUGUAGUUCAGCAGUCUGGCAUCCACAUUUUGGCCACCCUUUGUCUAGCAGGCAGCCAUAUGUGAUUGCAUAUAUUAGAUGUUAGAGUAUGUUAAACAUGAGCUUACUUCUGGUACAUUAGACCAGUAAAAUAAUUUUCAGCCUUGGCCUCUUUGAAUAACAACCCAGGGGGAAAUCUGUAGAAAGUGGCACAGUUGUUUUCAUGCAAAGAGUUUGUCACAUUUUCUGUUUGCAACAAUAUUUUCAUUUGUUUCAUUUGUCUGUUCCACAUUUAUCCUGUUUUCACCCUUCCUGGCAGUUUCUGACCUUGCCUCUUUUAAAGGGGCAGUAAAGGCAACCAGAGCACUUCAUCUCAAAGUAAAAUGCUACCCCCUCUUAUUUUUUCUUGCAGUGGGAGUGUAGACUCUAAAUAGGGACUAGAACACUAUAGCGUUAGGAAUAUAUGUUUGUAUUCCUAAUGCUACAGUGUUCCUUUAAAGCGACACUGUCACCAUUUGGGGACUUUGUUGCUAUGGUGACAUCGCAGUUAUGGGUCCAGGGGACGAUAAAGGAGAGUUUACUUACCUGAAGCUGUCCCUCUAGGGCGAUGGCAUCUUUGUCCAGCAUGGUUGUCCUGAGAGCAGAUGUCACUGCAGUACUCAUGCAUGCGCAAGAGUACAGCUUUGUGGUGUAUUGGGGAUCCCAGGACAAUGCGGGAUCCUCCAUAGAGGCAACUAAUUCCCUGCAGCCGCGCUCAGAUCUCAAGCUGGUUACAAAAAGAACCAGGGCUAUUUGCAUAUCAGAAUUAAAUCUUGGUUAAAUUAGGAAUUACAGAUAUUAUUCACAGCUAAGAUCUGGCAAAGGUCUGCUGUCAGAUGUUAAGGGAAUAGCAAUAUUUUACCCCCAAGGAUUUAUCUUUAUUCUUUCGUAUUUAAACAUACUUCAUGUCAUUUGCAAGCAGAUUGGAAUUUUACACGCAUGACUGUUUUGUUUAUCCCCUAAUGAGGCUAUGUGUAUAUAUGGAAAUAAUAAAAUAAUUUCUUACUAACCUUCCAGCCACUAGUAUAUGUCUGGAAGAAAAUGGAGCUGGGUGCUACAAACAGUCCUUCUGAUCAUCAAACAGAGCAGCUCCUACAUAUUGUCAGGAGGACUGAGGCAAAGUUGGGAAAAGCCCGUUGCCAGUGACACUAAUUGUAGUGUGUCCCAUUAAAUAGCAUAGGUUGUUUUGUUGCUACUCACAGUAUCCAGGGUGAUCAAGUGGAACCAUAUCUCAAGGCUGUGACACUCUUCAUUAUCCCAUUUGUAAGGUAUUAAUUUGCAGGCUGUGUGUGGCAUAAAGGCUGUAUGUGGCGUUUUGAACUCCGCCAUACAAGUUGGACAGAGACAGUAUACUGAAAUGUCAAUCAAUACAUUAACCAUGUGGUGGUGAUCCUAGCCAGUGGAGCCCGAUUGAUCCCAUUCCCUACUAGUGGUAAUGGCAGCUAACUUACAAGAUGUGAUACAAAUGAGCCUAACCCUUUAUUUACAGAAAACAUUAUUCAUUCGCUUUCAUAAUCACUGGCUUUCCUCCACAGUAAAUGGAAAAGGCUGCCAGAUCCGCCAUGCUAACACAGAUCGCUUUAGGUUGACUAGCCGCAUAUGAAAAGUGCUACCCUGCAGUAUGUUGAAUGCCUAGGCUGAAGGUUUCCAAAAUGAUCAAUAACUUGUUUUCCUUCCUGUAGUGUUUGAAUUUUAUAUACUGCAGCACUUUUCUUGCACUGCCCAUCAAAACGUUGACGAGGUAUUAACAGUAAACAUUUGGUGGAUGUGCAAGCUGGGGUUGAUUCCUUAGAGGUAGGCAACCCUGUAUUGUAAUGAAUGAUAAGUCUUUUAAGGGGACACUGUAGUGUCACCAAAACAGCUUUAGUUUACUGAAGCAGUUCUGGUGUAUAGAUGAUGCCCCUGCAGUCUCACUGCUCAAUUCUCUGCCACUUAGGAUUUAAAUCACUUUGUUUAUACAGCUAUAGUCACAUCUCUGUGCAUGUGACUUACACAGUCUUCCUAAACACUUACUGAGAAGAAAUGUUAUAUGUUUAAACUAUGGAUAGAACUAUCAUCAAUGACGAUAUUCAGCAUUUUACAGAUUAUCGGAAUCUGCCUUGUAAUUUUCCAAGAUUACUGAUAAUUUACCUCCUCCAGUCACCACACGCUGUCUUCUGCAUCUGAAAAUUCAAGCCACCAGCCAAUGAAGCGACACGUUUUGCCUUAACGUCACCCUGUUCUGUGAGUCUCCCCAUGCGGAGCUCAGCUAUUGGCAGGGAGGUGAGACUGAAUAAUCUAUUGUAUUGUACUGGCUGACUUGGUGAUAGCGGUCAGCAGUCACACUCCUAUUAGUAACAGCACUGUACAUGCUGAGAUCUCACUCAUCCCAGCAUGUAGAGGCUGUCUAAGGGUGAUAGUAGUGUGAUUGCGGUCAGUAUGUUCAGUUAAUGCGAGAUUUGUGUAGAGAUGUUACUUUUUCAAAACUUUAAAUGUAAGAAUAUCGGCACUAGUUAUCGACAAUUGUCCUGAAAGGCGACCGAUAAUGGGUAUCAGCUCUGGAAAAAAUUAUAUCAGUUGGUCUCUAUUUUAAAACAAUGUUUAAUUUCUUAUCUCCUGCUUUAAUAGCCUUCUAGAUCCUGCAGAAAACGAGUGAUUUAUCUCUAAAGUGGCAGAGAUUGAUCAGUUGGACUGCAGGGGCAUGAUCUAUACACCAAAACUGCUUCAUUAAUUCAAAGUUGUUUUGAUGCCUCUAGGGUCUCUUUAAAGCACAAUAUGCUUCUUUCAGCAGUCAUAUUAUAUCCCAUAAUAAUCUUUUUAGAACUGCCACACACCUUACCUCAAUGUCUUCACAUCACACCUCCCUUUCUUGAAGAAUUUUCACAAACCUAAAGCUGUUUAGGAUCCUAAAGAGUUUUUCGAACUACCAACCCAGAAACAUUUUAAACAGAAAAAAGGAGCUACCAAUUCUCUAGUAGAUCCUAAUAUUACAUUCUUCUACCUCUUUGCAUGAGCAGCUUUUAUUUAACAGGUGAAAUCAUUCUGUUGAUUGAAUUCAGUGACUCUCUAGCUUUAACGCUUUGCUUACCAGAGUCCAGCAGUUGUAACAGAGUUGCUACGUAAACUAUCAGGGUUACUCACUAAACUCAGAAUAUCCGAAUUGCAAAACGGAAUAGAAAAAUAGCCAAAUUGUGACAAGGUCAACUAUUUUUACUCCAGUUUUUUUUCCAUUCAGAUUUAAUAUGCAAAAAUUCUGACUUUAAUGAAAGUUUAGUUCUCCCCAGCAAUACUUAUAAUUCACAUGGAACCAGAGAAAAUUAAAGCAAAACUCCAUUAGAUAAAAACACCACUAUUUAGUAGAUAUGCCCGCAAUGAUCACAUGCAAUAAUCUAAUUAUGCAUUUUUCUUUGGGGUAUAUCUAAAAAAGUCUUGCAAAAAUUGCUUACCUGUAGUCUGCAGCUUUUGUAACCCCUCCCCUCUUUCAGGCCUUCUUCCACAGUUGUAAUGACUGGUACCUUAUGUGGGAUACAGUCCUAUUUCAUUGUGUCAUUUAUAUUUCCUCCUUUGACAUUUGGAACCCCUGAAGCAUUGGUUACUCCAAUCAUCUUUUUUCACGAAUAGAUGAAUAAUGCCCUAUUGGGCAUUAUUCUUUAGGUCCACCAACCCAGAAAACGCAAAAAAAAAAAGUUAUAAGUUUUACUUACCUUAAAUCCAGUGCUGGGUGAAGCCCCCAGAGCUGCUCCACAUGCCCCCUUGUAACAUCAUGGGAGCCUUGCAGAGAUCCAAUGAUUGAACCAUUUAACCGACUAAGAGCGGCAGCCAGAGAAGCCUGGGGAUGAAGAGAAGAAGGGAGAGAGGGUUGAAGAUAAAAAAAAUAAAAUAAAAUAGCAGAGAUUCUAGGGAGGAAGGUGGGCAGCAGAUAAGAAGGUUUGGAUGAAGACAGGGCAGACACAAAUUUCUUACACCAGAAAGGAAAAUAUGCACAGAAUUGAUAUUUGGCAGUCUGAAACAGAGUUCUUAGAUGACAAAAGCAUGUAUGCUGGGAGUGUAACUAUCACCUGGCAUACAAGUACAAAUAUCUCAGUAUGUGCUGAUUCAAUGCUUUCGUGUGGGGAAGCUCGAAUGCUCAUGUGCAUCUGGCCCCUAACGCUAUUCUAUGAGGAGCAUUGGACUGGACCAUCGCUGGAGGUCAGGCCUCCUCUGUGACAAUGUGGGAGGAGGAGAGGUAUGUAGUGCUGAGAGAGCCUCGGCGCUGGAAAAAGGUGAGUGAAAUCCUUUUUUAAAAAUAAUUUUUAUGGACCGUUGAGGAAGAUGGUAGCAUAAUCCUGUAGCUCUUCCCAGCAUAAUCAAUCCGCUACCAUCCGCAAGCACAAAGCCCUAGGUGCCCCAGAGAACUCACAACUCCCACUCUGCUUAACCAACAACAACCCAGAGCAAUGGGAGGUGGAAAACAAAAGAAGGAACAGACCCCAUCGGUCGCCUCCAUGUUCCGCCCGCAGCAAGAACAACGCCAGCCAUCUUGCCACCAACAAGCAGAGGGAACCUGCACAGAUUCCGACGGGAGUGAAUAUACUAAAGCCCCAGGUGCCCCCCUGACCUUGCACGACAUGCAAACCAUGCUCAGGGCAGCCAUUGCGGACAUCAAGUCAUACAUGGCAACGGAACUUGACAAAAAACUCUCAGGCCUCAGAGAAGACAUAGAAUCCCUGACAAACAAGGCCGACCACACAAAGACACACAUAAAAGACCUUACCACCACCUCCCAAGCACACACACAAGAUAUUACUUAUCUACACGCCAAAAUAGAAGCUUUGGAAGAAAGCCUCGAGGAUCUGAAUAACCGAUCCCGACGAAAUAACAUUCGGAACCAGGGCCUUCCUGAGUCGGUCACAGCAGAAGGCCUACAUACCACGCUUACAGGCCUGUUAAAGGCCGCCCUACCCAAAGCUACCGCACAAGACCUCCUCAUAGACCCAAGGGACGUCAUAGUCCGCCUACACUUUUUUGCGGUCAAAGAGAAGAUCCUCACUAUUACCAGAUCUACUCCGCCACAACACCAAGGGAUCCGCCUGGCCUUCUAUCAAGACCUGGCCCCCUCCACCUUGAAAAAACAUAGGGAUCUAAAACAACGAACACUCAACCAACAGGGCACAUGUGGGGCCACCCAUUUAAACUAAUCGUACGGAAAGAAAACCAGACCCACAUACUGAUAAACCCUGCCGAAAUUAUCCCGUUUGCGGACUCUCUGGGACUUACCCUGCCACCCCCAUCAUCGACAGCAACAACAGGAACCAGCGGCACACAAAGACCCCAACGCGAGAGGUUCUCUGGAUCCCCACGCCACACACCACGUAAGAGAGCACCACCUUACUCGGAAAACAGGGACUAAUCGCAAUCAAGAUUCCCCGUGAGCUCCCAGGGACGCCUGGACGCACCGCUAACAUCUCCAACACCCCGGGAACUGGUAACACUUACACUUCCCUACCCAGACUGAAGACCAGCCCACCCCAACAGCAAUUGACCCCAAAGGGCCCGGACUCAACCCCAGGGACAUUCUCUCCCUGAGCAUCUGAACCUCUCCAAGCCUGCCCUCACCUACAGCCCAGACAUCGAAAGGACCACCACUCACCAAGAGACUCCACCGCCCAACCACCCCAAAACCCUCACCCGCCACCUACCGAUGAGAGCUCAAACAAACCUACACCACCUUCCACACCCAUGGUGCCCAGAACGAUACCUGCACAGGGCCUCAGACACACCGCACCAGUACGGGGCCUACAAAGGUGUGCCCAAAGCUUCCGGAGCCUACGGAACCCCCUAGGCGCAAACGGGGACAUGAAGAUAACUGGUAACAGGGAACCACCCGGGGCAAGGGAGCUUAUUCAGCCCCUAAACCUAAGUUGUCUUAAUUUAAAUCUUUAUUUUUUUCAAGCUAACAUACUCUAAUGUGGCAAAUGCCAAUUUAACUGGAUAAGAUUUAAUUGAAAGUAAUGUAUACUGCCUUAACUUAAUCUCAUUUAAUCCAAACAGCUAUAAUGGGAUAUAGACAUCACUUAAUGUUAAGCUUCUCCACUUUACUCAUGUGUAAUUCACUCCACUGCAUUAUGCAAAUAUACCCACAUGUCACUCUACAACCUAACGGGCCAUGUCAACCCCCACCAUGCCCGCUCCCGCCCCGUUACCACCCACACCGCACACAACGACCUCCCUGAACAUCUGGCCCCACCGCCAAGAGCGAGCAGCGGGGGCUUCCGAGCUCCCCACACACACACACACACAACGGGAUUUAUCAAGCUCGAACCCCAGAUUAGGAAGUGCAAGGUACAAUUACGAGUAGCGGAGAAACACCCGGAGACGGCCGUGGUACCCCACGCAAGCACAUUGAACCACACACUAGCACUACCUCACUAAGCGCACCUUGAACCAACGCACAAUUGGAGGGUAGACAGACAAUACUAACAACCCCCACGCACAGAGCUACACCGCUCCAAACAUCCCUGAGCAUAGACCCACGCUAUCUUCCUCCGUAACUAAAACCCUGCCACUACCCGUCCACUGCGGCUCAAGAAACGAGCUAAUUCCGGCUGCAAACCCGAGCCUUUGGGUCGGCAAGCACCUAAGCUCCAUAACCAGCACCACCUCACACACGCAACCCCGGCCUUCCUCCAUCUUAACAUCCCUCCAUGGAGACCACCCCAGAUAGAACCAGCAGCACCCUGCCCCGAGGUCACACAAUAUAAAUGGAAACCUAACUCAGCUCACAAGGGAAUCAAGAUGGAAAUCAUACCUGUAUUUAGUUUCAAGUUUCAAUAUGUUAUAUGUUCAUCAUUGCAAUGCGUUAUGUAUAAACGUUCCAAAUAUGUGAAUGACUACACUAAGGUUCCACUACCUCUCAUACCUUAACUCAAGAUACAUGGGUACCGAGCAACUAACAUACUAAGGAAGCAACAAAGACACCCAUCUCACAUGACACAUGUUCUCUACCCACAGACGCUGACUCAGUGCAUAAUUUCACAAGCAGAUGCAUAGGGAAGAGGGAGUCGUAGAUAUAGACGUACGACCCCCUCCUUACCCCCUCAUCUACGGAACAACUAUCCCCACUGGACUGAAAAGGACCCGAUUGGACACACCGAGCCCCCAGAACGACGAGGGGGUAAGACCAGGUUUGCACCUCACCCCCUCUUUUUUUCUCUUUCUUUUCCCCUCUUCCCCCCUUCCUCCCCCUCCCCCCACAAACCCCAGCUCCGCCACAAUCUCCGGGGCACCCCCCCACUUUAAAACAUAACGGCCCCCAAGUGACAGCCCCAAGAUACCACCACAACCCCAGCGGAACCACCCGGGGAACAGGCAGUGCCAAACCCGCACACCUCACAUGUAUAUCCAUCAACUGCAAAGGACUCAAUAGCCUGUCUAAGAGACACCGCCUUCUCCGGUGGGCCAACCAAUCCAACGUGGACAUAAUCCUACUCCAAGAAACCCACUAUGAACAAACAAGGGCAUUCCCCCUCCUGAGAAGACACUACAGAGAGUGCUAUUUGGCAAACUCCCCGAAAGGGAAACCGAAUGGAGUAGCUAUUCUGGUUCGGAAAACCUGCCCCUUGGCCUUCACGCGCUCAGUCUUAGACCCUCAAGGUAGAUACAUAACAAUUACGGGACAGAUAGGACCCCACAGGAAUGCCUUCACCUCAAUUUAUGCCCCCACCCUCCCUGACGCUCACUUCUGGGACUCCCUCCAGGCACACCUCCGCCUCUUCUCCGCCCACCAUAUGAUCAUGGGAGUGGACUAUAACGCCACUUUGACACCCGAGAAAGAAAGAUGGCGAACAAGGGCACCCCACAUAAGACCACCACCUACUACCCGAAAUGAUAAACUGCUACAAGCCUUUGAACAAUAAAACACACGGUGAAAAAAAUAAAUGAACAAACAUUGGUGCUACAAUCACCUUAGUGGGCCACAGCAACCACUAAAAUAAGCACAAGUGAAAACAGAAUAAAAUGGUGAGAGCACUCAGAUGAAAUUAUUAUAAAAUUUUACCCAUUAGUUAAUAAAUUUCUGAAAGAAAAACAGAAAAAUACAACAUAGGGUAAUAACGUCAAAUAAACCAAAAUGACGUAAUGGGUUAAUUACACUCACAUACAGAGAGCCAAUUAGGAGCUGGCUCAAGCUGAACGCCUUGAACAGAAAUCUUCCUAAGGACUGGAACAAAACUUGUAAUGGGUGUCUUCCCAGAGUUAAUGCACAAAUCAGGAAUACAAAUAAAAGACUGUACAAAAACUUUAAUGUUGACUAUACAACUACAUAAAAUAAAAAAAUAAGGAAAGUCCCAUAUAUAUAUAAAAUAAGUCCCAAACGUCCUCAGGAUCCACCUUACGCGUUUCGGCACAAAGCCUUCACCAGAUGACCUCAUCAACACCCCAUCCCCACUAACACCAAUCCUUCGGAACAAACAAUUCCAACCUGGAAUGACCCCCCAACACUUUAUGAGAUACGAAGACAACAAUCUGAUCCGAUUCUAUCACUUCUUCCGAGGACAAGACCUCCUGCCCUUUGCAAACCUACCGCAUGACAGACCACAUUUGACCACUUUAGGUACCUGCAGAUCAGGAGCUUCCUGACCCACCUAAGCAACCAAUCCAUAGCUACCACCACACUCACAGCUUUUGAAAAGAUGUGCAUGAACGCCCCGGUGCAACAAGGCCAGAUCUCCACCACGGGAUCUUACACCACACCAGCACCCCCAACGCCCUCUCAUACACCACAACUUGGGAACGGGCCAUAGGCCCCCCAAAGACCCAUCUGACUGGCAGGACAUUUGGGAAGCUACAGCAGCACUAACGAUUUGUGUAACACACAAAGAACAAGCAUAUAAAACCAUGUUCCUCUGGUACCUCACCCCCACUGAGACUGAAACAAAUGCGCAUCGCAACCUCAGAACGUUGGUGGAAAAGGUGCAGCGAACAGGGCACAUACAUCCUCCUUUGGUGGAACUGUCCACACAUAGCCCAGCUAUGGCACGACAUAGCCCAAAUGGUCAACAGAGCACUACAUAGCAACCUCCCACUGGUUCCCUGGAUCUGGCUCCUAUCAAAACCUCUCGAUACUCUCACCAGGGCACAGAACAUAUUGUCGGCACGGAUCUGGGACCCUUGGCUCACUAGAACUAUAACGGCAUAGUAGACCCCGAGACUAAAUUGAAUACCCUCUGCCAAGAACUACCUCCCUCUUCAAGACCCACCCCAACACUCUCACCCGUCCACGGCACAUCUUCUGAACCUACCCCUCCCUCCCCCUACCCCAAGAGGAACCUCUAACAUAACCGAUAAGACAACAAAAGACACCUUAACUCUACCCACGGGACAGACAGUUACUAAGCACUGUCCCCACUACCACCAUUCCCCUACCCCGACCAAGACACACACAGACUUAGAAACCAGAAAAGACACGCAUAAAACGCGAAAAAUACAAAUUAUCGACAGACGAAAUCCGCAAUAACACACACACGGGACAUGACCACCCCAGACACUACAAGUACCGAAAGUCAUUCGCAAUAUGAUACAAGUACUCAAAUAACCAAUCUUUCCUACUGGACCUAUAAGUGUUUACCAGAAUUGUAAAACAAAUUGCGGCGUACGCAUCAUAAUGGUUUUCUAUUGGCAAUUAACCAAAGAAGUACCUAAUGUCUUGUUGCUCACUGUUAAACUUACAACCUGCACAAAAUGUAUGAAGAAUGUAACGACCCCCCCCCCACCCUCUCCCACUUUUCUUUUGUACCUCCACCCGCACCCAAAAUCAAAACCUUUGAUACAAAUAAAGAAUUUAAAAAAUAAUAUUUUUUAUGGCACACACUGGGAGUGGGCCCACUAUAACUAGGGACAGAGACAAGUAAACAUUGCAAAUACAGGUAUGUUUUCCUAAUGCUCCACUGGAAUGUUUGUGGGUUUUUUGUGUGUUUUUAUUUUAACAAUUUAGUAGAUAUACCCAGAAAGAAAGCAGGCAUGUUUUAUAAUUAUUUCUGCACGUUUCUCCAGUCAGCAGUUUUUGCAAGCCCUCACCUUUUUCACGAGCACAGACUACUUGAUCAGAUGCUUCUCAUUCAGAGGUCUCUGUGCUGGAACACCUAUUGUUCUCAGAGAGCUGUAAUACUGCUCACUGAGAAGUCAAGCACACCUUCUGCUUCUUUUAGCUCCGUGGAGAUAAAAAAAGCAGAAGAAAGCCUUUCUGGCGGUGUGACAGCUAUGAAGGUGUUUCUGUCCUCAAUUAGAAAAGUGCUGAUUUCUAUUGAAAUUUUAUUUUUAUUAACUGGGACAGCAGGCACGUAGAGCACUUCACAGAAAACCACAAAACAGUGCUGCAUUCCAAUAUGUCAGACAAUGGUGAUAGAACUAUAAAGAUUCUUAAUAAUAAGUAUUAUUGCUACCUAAAUCUACAAUAUCCAAGUAUACCUACAAUAAAAACACAUAACCGUGCAAAAAAAUCACUUAUAUACAGAAAUAAACCCCUCCUGUAAGAAACGCCCAGUGAAAAUAAACUCACUUUCUUCAGAACCUCACACUCUUGGCUCUGGGUAAAUAGGUAUAAAUGGAGAUGGGAUACCCUCCCUGGAUCUUUGAUCCUUUCAGUGUACCAGCAUGACACAAAGGGCAGGGAGGUGCUGGUAGAACAAUAUUGUUAAAAACUUUACUUGGCAAAAAUAUUAAAGUCACUAGCUAUAGUCACCAAAACAACUUUAGCUUAAUGAAGCAGUCUUGGUGUAUAGAUCAUGUCCCUGUAGUCUCACUGCUCAAUUUUCUGCCAUUUAGUUAAUCACUUUGUUUAUAAACCCUAUUCACACCUCCCUGCAUGUGAAUUGCACAGGCUUCCUAAACACUUCCUGUAAAGAUUAAUCUAAAGUUUAUCCUUCCUUUAUUGCAAGUUCUGUUUAAUUUAGAUUUUCUUGUCCCCUGCUAUGUUAAUAGCUUGCUAGACCCUCCUGUAUGUGAUUAAAGUUCAAUUUACAGAGAUACAAUUGUUUAAGGUAAAUUGCAUCUGAUUGAAAGUGAAACCAUUUUUUGUUUAAUGGAGGCUGUGUUAAUCAGAGUCAGGGAAGGUGUGACAAGGGCUGCAUAAACAGAAUCAAAGUGAUUUAACUCCUAAAUAGCAGUGAAUUGAGCAGUGAAACCUGAGAAGCAUGAUCUAUACACUAAAACUGCUUCAUUAAGUUAAAGUUGUUUGGGUGACUAUAGUGUUCUUUUAAAAACUCAUAAUAAAAAAAACCAGAAAUACAGCAUAUAAACAGGGCCCCGUAAAUCCCCUGAAUACACUCUGUAUUGAUAUACUGUGAUCUUCCACACAUCUGAAUACACUCUGCCCCUGACGAUGAUGAAAGAAGCUCCUUCCGUGACGUGUUUCGCUCCAAGUCAUGUGCUUCAUCAAACAGCUGAGGAUUCGGUCGAUUAAUGAAGUCCUGUUUAUUUGCUGUAUUUCUGUUUUUUUUCAAAUAAGAGUUUUUAAGCUUCUUGCCAAAUAAAGUGUUUUAUACCUUUCCUACCCUUCAGACUUUCUCCCCGGAUACUGAACAAGAGGUUGCUGCGCUUCUCAUUUCCUCUCGCCUCACCACUUACCCGCUUGAUCCUGUCCCAUCUCACCUUAUCAGAUCUCUCUCCCCUUGUCUUGUGCCUUCCUUAACAUACAUCUUCAAAUGCUCUCUCUUUUCUGGCAUUGUCCCUGCUAACCUUAAACAUGCUACUGUAGUACCUAUCCUGAAAAAAACAUAUCUUGAACCAUCCAUCCCUCUAACUAUCGUCCCAUAUCCCUGCUCCCUUUUUACUCAAAGCUUCUGGAAAGAUUUGACUUUACUAAGUUACUAAUGACCUAAUCAAAGCUAAAUCCAAAGGCCACUACUCCAUACUAAUACUUCUUGACCUCUCUGGUGCCUUUGACAUCAUUGAUCAUGCUCUUCUUCUUCAAACUCUUCAAUCACUCGGUCUCUGUGACACUGUCCUCUCUUGGUUUACCUUCUAUCUCUUCCAACACUCAUUCAGUGUCUCCUUUUCUAAUAAUACCUCCUCCAUUCAUCCUUUCUCUGUUGGAGUCCCCCAAGGCUCUUGGUCUCCUUCUAUUUUUUCUUUAUACUGCCUCUCUUGGCAAACUUAUUUGUACGCUGAUGACACCUAGCUAUAUCUCUACUCCCCAGACCUCUUCCCUGCCGUCCUGCAACGUGUCACUGCUUGCCUUUCCUCCAUCUCUGACUGGAUGUCCUCCCGCUUUCUAAAACGAAAUCUCUCUGAAACUGAACUCCUUUUCUUUCCUCCUCCUAAUACUGAUCCUCUUCUUUCGCUCUCCCUUCAAGUCAGUGGUAUCCACAUCAAUCCAUCCUUGCAAGCGCGCUGUCUUGGUGUCAUAUAUGAUUCUAGCCUCACCUUUGAGCCUCACAUCCAGCAUGUUACCAAAUCCUAUAGAUUCCAUCUUAAAAACAUAGCCCGCAUCCGCAUGUAUCCUUUCUUACGCAUGUAUUAUUGUAACCCUCUCCUAAUUAGUUUUCCCAAAAACCGUAUUGCCCCGCUAGUCUGUAAUGAAUGCUGCUGCCAGACUGAUUUUCUUCUCUAGCCGGCCCUCUCACACCUCACCCCUUACAUUGGCUUCCUGUAUCCUAUAGAAGUUAGUUAAAAUGCUAACUCAUACCUACAAAGCAUUGACCAUUUAUAGCCCCUCUUGUAUAUCUUCACAGAUCCACAGGUAUGCCCCUUUUCGGUCUCUCCGCUCUGCCUGUGACCUUCUCCUGUCCACUACUCACACCCAUGCGGCCAACUCACGCUUGCAGGACUUCUCGCGGGCGGCUCCCUUCCUAUGGAACAGCAUGCUUACCGCCAUCAGACUUUCCUCUAGUCUUCAAUCGUUUAAAAAGUGCCUUAAAACCCAUCUUUUUAGGAAAGCUUAUGAUCUCCCAGAAUAACCUCUACUUAACAUACCUGUCUCUUGCUCUUUCCUGAAGGGCAGCACUUUACUCUCUCCUCCAGCUCUGCUUCACUCCCACCUAUGAUUGCUAUGCCCUGUCCUAUUGUGUUUUACACCCCACCUCCUAUAGACUUUAAGCUCGUUUGAGCAGGGUCCUCUUCAACCUAUCAUUCCUGUAAGUUUUCUUGUAAUUGUCCUAUUUAUAGCUAAAUCUUCCCUCUUAUAAUAUUGUAAAGCGAUACGGAAUCUGUUGGCGCUAUAUAAAUGGCGAUGACGAUGAUGAUAAUAAUAAUGCCGCUAUUUUAAAGGUUUUAUACACAUAUAUUUGAGUCAAGUGCCUUGCACACUGUAUUUGUGGUGCUAUUUUUGGACUGCUUUAUGUGCCUGGAUUGUUCCUUUAAGGCCAUAAUAGCUAAAUGGAAAGCACGGCUGACUUAAGGAAAUUUUCCAUUUAGUCUAUUUUUAACUUACAUUUUAAAUUAAUUUAGAUUUCCUAACUUUUCCCACUGUAGAAAAUACCCCUGACAGUUCAAGUGAACCACUUUUUUUUGGUUUUUAAUAUAACUAGCCCUCGGCCACUUCUCUUCAAAGUCAUGGCGACACUUACUAUGAGAGCAUAAAAUACAUACAAAUUGGUGGUAACAUUUUUUUAUCCCUUUAUAACAAGUAGGUAAUUAAAGAGGAGGUGCAAUAUUUUAUUAGUGUAUUUGGCAAGGACUCUAAUUUGUAUACUGGAUAUAACUGCCCUUUGUCAAUUCUGCCACCAGAGGUCCUUGCUCUUAAAUAUUAAUAAAGUUUUGAAUUGUGCUGCACUAAGAAGCUAUAAAACUGCAUGGGGAAAUUGAUUUAUGGGUGCAACUAUUAUAUCUUUUCCUGAUGAAUCAUGGCUGCAUUUACUCAUGGGUUAGCUCCUCCCCUCACAGCAGAAAGGACAGGAAAUAGAACUCUGAAACUGGUAUAAAUAGAUCCUCCCCCUUCCCACCAGGCAGUCUUUUUUCCUGUUCUUCACAGCAGUUUGGGAGGAGUCUGCUGAUGCAUGAUGACCAUGAUGUCUACAAUUGUCUUUCUGUGGGAUUAUUUUGAUUGGUGGAUUGAGGCUAAAUUAGUUUAGCUACUGAAAUGGAACUUUGCUGAAACUCCAACCAUUGCAAAAAAAAUGCCAAAGAUCAUGCUCCCCAUAUGAAAAAGCAGUCCCUACACUGUCAUAUGUAUAAUUAAAAAGAUGUUAAUGAACAAAAUAAAUAGAAAUAUGAAACAGAGAAAUAAAUAAAUAGAAAUAUGAAAUAGAGGUACCCAAAAAGGAUUAAAGAAGCAGUUUUGGUGUAUAGAUCAUACCUCUGUAGUCUCACUCCUCAAUUCCUAAACACCUACUGUAACGUGUCGUCUAAUGUUUACACUUCCUUUAUUGCAAAUUCUGUUUAAUUAAGAAUUUACUCUGUUAAUAACUUGCUAGAUCCUACAGGACUCUUCUGUGUGUGAUUAACGUUCGAUUUACAGAGCUGAAGAUACCUCUUUUAAAGUAGGUUACUUCUCACUAAAAAGCAAACCAUUUUGUUUUCAUGUAGGCUGUGGUGUAGCUAGGACUGCAUAAACAGAUACAAAAGUGAUUCAACUUCUAAAUGGCAGAAAAUUGAACAGUGAAACUUUAGAGGCAUGAUCUAUACACAAAAAAUGCUUUAUUAAGCUGAAGUGGUAUUGAUGACUAUAAUAAUAUACCUUUAAUCUAAAAACAAAACAUGCAAAGUAACCGUAGUUAUUUGCAUUUUGUUGCCGUGAUGUCACUAUGAUUUAGAUUCUUUGGGUUUUCCAUAUACCUUCUAAAAGUUCUGUCUCACAUCAAGGUCUAUAACAUUACUGUGAAGGUUACAUAUUGCCCUUAUACAAUUUAAUUGGUCUGAACUCUUCCUAGAUGACUAACUGCAAGAAGCAAUCUUCGAAGACGGUGGUUCCUGCAAAGGAGGUUGGUGAUGUCUCAGCAGAGCCCCCUCAACAUUCAAGGAAAAAUGGCUGGAGCUGGCCUCCUCAUCCAUUGCAGUUUGUUGCCUGGGUCACAUACCUCUUUUUUGCAGUCGUAGGAUUUGGAAUUCUUGUUCCACUAUUACCUCCGCAUUGGCUGGCAGCUGGUUAUAUUGUAUCCUUUGACUGAACAAUUUACAGCACAAAUUUUCUCCCGUAAAGAAAACGUUCAGGUAGACUUGAAUUAAGCAAAAUAUCCAUUUACAAAUCCAUUUUUUUUUUUAUAUCGGGCAUAAGUGGAGACCUGAAAGAUAAAGAGCUUCUGCUUUGCCCUCAUAGAGAAAAAAUUGGGAUCUGUGAUACAGUGCUGUCUAUUACAAAUGUCUACCAUUUUCCCUCCCCUCCAUUUUCUUCCCAGGUAUUAUACUGUGUAUUUAAAAUAAAAUUGAACCUCAGUCAGGCUGGCUAAGGCUACUGGAAGAAAAGAAAAGAGAAUAUCACAAAGUUACAUUGGUAAGGGAUUACUGCUUCCCUGGCUCUCUGCUGCUUCUAAGAUAGUUUAUUGGUUUUGUGAGCACCCUACUCCCCAUUGAUAUGAACCAGUGAUGGCUCCUGAACAGAGGUCAAUAUAGGAGUGUAGACAUUUGUAACAAGUCUACUUGUCAAAAUGGAGUAAAAUGGCAGCUUAGUCUACUUCUCUGUCAUGGCAAUUUACUUGUCCUGAUACAGUCAUUUUCAAAUUAGAACGUUUGAGGACACUGCUUAGACCUGGACAUUGGCAAGGUUAUUCACUAAACUCUGAAUUUUCCCAGAGUGUGCGUCUGUCAGUCAAAGUGCGGCCUUGAUAGGAAGGGGUGGGGAAAAUUUAAAUUAGGGGGCACAAACUAGGACAGCACAAAUCCUAAAUACACCACUGCUGUCCACGCUAGCUAAGAUGGGCCUUCAACAAUCAUAGUGAUGAUGCACAAGAAGAUUAUUUUCGUUAUAACAAUGUAAUGUUCCACUAUAUACUUAAAUUAACUAUUUGAACAUAGCAGGGUGUUCUGGAUCCUUGUUGGAAUCCACAACCUAUGAGAAUAUCAAAGUUGUCUCACGGGAAUAAGAAUGGGCUGUUAUAUUACAAAUACAGAGGGGGUGAUUCAGCGCUUGUGAGAUACUAGUACAGUUCAAGGGCAGUUAAGUCAGCAAAUCAGGAGCCUCUCUAGACCGGUGAAGCAGGAGAAAAAACAGGAAAGUGGUGCCUACUAUGUCCUUGCAGAUACAAAAAAAAAAAUGAAGAAAUAUAUGGUGUAGUAUGUAAAUACAAUAAUCAAAAAGUUUAAAAAGAGUUAGUACACGCACGCUUGUUAGGAGCUUGGGUGUAGCUCCAACCUUUUGCGCCUAGGCGGAAUAAUCCCCACCUAGGGAUAUGUUGUAAUCCACGGGUCUGUGGAUGGUCUUCCCCUUUACAACGAUGUCUUUAUAGAUAUGUGGAAGGAGAAUAGAGACAGUAUGGUGUAGUAUGUCAAACUCUAAGGCAGAAGAACAAGAUAAAAGAUGUGCACUCAUAUGCUAUGGAGCCAGGAUGUUGACUCUCCAGAUAUGGCGUGGAGUGGUAUAAUCCCCACUCUGGGAUAUAGAAGGUGAUCGUGCCUCUCCGUAUGUAGAUAUAGAAGGAAAAAUAUAAAAGGAACUUAAUAGUAUGUAACUGUAGAACUAAAAUAUAAAUAAAAGAGUAAAAAAACUAACUCACAUUCUGUGAAGCAAGUGAGGAUUGCUUAGUCCGAUAGGCGUAGGUGGUUUUAAAACAAAAAAUGAAAUAUACUUGCAUAAAAAUAUAGUGCUGUGAUUGUUCAUGCACAUUGUUUGCAUGUGUUGGUGUUGUAGCCCUGUUUAGAGCCCAAAUGCAAGAACACUCCUAGUCCUUUAUGUUGCAGUGGGUAUAAGUCACUGUGUUCCUUAUUGACUCGUGAGUCCUUCGUUAUUUAGUUGGCUCAACUGCCUAAUGCUCCAUGCAGAUGAGUCAUUCAUCUCCCUUUCAUUCCCCCCCCCCUGUGGCUUUGUCCCUCAUCUUGCCUAAUGGAAAUUUCUCGGUUGCAUCUUCUCACAUAACCCUGUAUUUCUUGUGUAUUGGUCUUCUUUCCUGUACACUUUAUAAUUCAAAUAACUUGGUUUGCUUAUUGUUAUGCAGAUUUAAAUGUUGGUGAACCUAGUUUAAAACUCAUUGAAGGUCACUUUUCAUCCAUCAUUAUCCUGUUAGAAUAUUGGGGUUCCAAGAAAGUACAAAUUGUCUACACAAAAAGCUUUGACUGAAUAUGAUUAUACCUUAACUAUCAAGUUGCAGUGUAUGGGUGCCUUGUUCGCUUUGCACCUGGUUGUUCACUUCCUAGCUGUUACCAUCAAUCCAGCUGAUGACAAUGUGCGUGCCAAGGGCUCUCCUGGUCCCCUUCCCGUGUUUGACCGCAACAAACAUGCCCAUGUCAUUGAAAAUAUGCACUGCUACAUCUGUGAGGUGGAUGUGUAAGUCAAAACAUUCUUGUUUAUUUCUUCAUAUUAAUUUAAUUGCAUUCUUUCGGUAACUAGGAAUAUACAUGUUUAAGGCAUAAUAUUCUUGUUUCGUAUCACCUUGCUAACCCCAUCUUUGUAUUCAAUGUACAUAUAGAAUUCUGGGAUAGGUCAGUGGCUCAGAGACUCCACCAGUUGUUUAUGGGAACAGAUUGGAAAGUUGACAUGUAUAAAUGUUACUUUUACUUAAAGGAGCUCUAUAGGAUCAGGAACACAAACAUAUAUUGCUGACCCUAUAGUGUUAAAACCACCAUCUAGCCCCCCUGGCCCUCUCUUGCCUUCCUAAAUAUAGUAAAAUCUUACUUGUAUUCAAGCAUGAAGCUGCUGGCUCUGCCCCUGUCUGCCUCAGACCAGCAAGCUGUCUGCCUCAGACCAGCAAGCUGUCUGCUGACAUCAUCAGAAGUGUUGUUCUGAACCAACUACAAUGCUUCCCCAUAGGAUUGGCUGAGACUGUGAAGGAGGCAGAUCAUGGGCAGAGCCAGCACAAGUCAAACAUAGCCCUGGCCAAUCAGCAUCUCCUCAUAGAGAUGAAUCAAAUCAGUUAAUCUCUAUGAGGAAAGUAAAGUGUCUGCAUGCAGAGGGAGGAGAUACUGACAUGUUGUGAUGCACACUAGGCAAGACUGAGAUAGGAAGCAGUUCUAGUAGCCAUUUGAGGAGUGGCCAGUGAAGUUAUUACUAGGCUGUAAUGUAAACACUGCAUUUUAUCUGAAAAGACCGUGUUUACAGCCAAAAGCCUGAAGGGAAUGAUUCUACUCAGCAGAACAAAUGCAAUAAGUUGUAGUGUCCCUUGAAAGAAACCAGCAUACCAUAAAGCUUUAAGAACCAUCUGUUGAACAUUAAUGAGGCUGUUUUCCUAUUUAAAGGAACACUCCAAGCACUAAAACCAUUACAGUAAGCUGUAGUGGUUAUGGUGCUGGGACUGGACUGGAGCCUCUCCUUUAGAACUUUACAACGGAGAUGGAUGGAAAAUUACAGGAAUAGGCAUGCUCAGGUACACCCAAAUGGUUUUGCAGUGGUUAUGAUACCAAGAGUGCCUUGCCCUCCCCCAUUGUAGUCCAACUCUUUUAAAAUAGUUUGACUUCUUAACUGGGGUCCACUUGGUACCACCUCCUAACUUUUGAGAGAGCUGGAAGAUUUCUUUCUGAGCUACCCCCAGCAGUACAGGAACUAGCUCAGGAAAACUAACAGAAGCUUAUAACUAGGAGCUUCUGGAUCUCUGUUGGAAGUAGACGAGGAGCGGGAGCAGUACCCAGGGAAUAAGUUAAACUUUUCUAAAUUGGUUAGACUACUAAGAGUGGUGGGGCGUUAGGACACUCCUGGUACCAUAGCCAAAUUUGGCCUGUCUAGACCAAAAUUAAUUGUACAAAGGAAUGCCAAUCUCUGGUGUGAAACAUAUUAGCUCUUUAGAAUAGAUAUGACCAAGAUGUGAUGUCCAGGUGUUAUAUAUAGCUGGAGAUCCACUUGUUGGCCACCCCUGCUCUAGAAUAAUACGUUUGAUGGGUUCUUUGAAUAAAGUAGAAUCGUUCAAAUGUCUUCCUUUGUGUAUCUCUAUUUAGUUUCUCUCUACAAACACUUGUGUACAUUCAUGAGAAUAGUAAAUCUCACUGUCUUUUUUUGUUUCCAGGGGCCCAAAAUCAAAGCACUGCAGUUUGUGUAAUAAAUGUGUCAGUAAUUUUGAUCAUCACUGCAAAUGGCUCAAUAACUGUGUGGGAGGCAAAAAUUACUGGUAAGAAUACUAUAGAUCUCAGCAGUUAGAGCAUCGUAGACACAUAAUGCAUAUAAUGUACCUAGUAGAAGACAUAUUGGGUAUAUAAUCUAUAAUGCUUUUUUUGGCAAGAGGAUCUGAAAUUUUUGCAUUUUUUAAGCCCACAUUUGCAGAUGCCGUGCCAUGACUAUCAUAAUAAUAGUAUAGUAGGAUUUACCAAACCCCUUACUAUGAAGAUGGUAAAUAUACUUUUUGGCACAGUAAGUCUGUUUGUUUAUAAUGAUUUUAAUUUACAAAUAUUUCUAAAAAAAAAAACAAUAUUGUUCCUACAAAAUCUGUAUACAUAGUAAUAUAGUAUUGGUUUUAGAAAUAUUAGUAAGGGGCUAUUUCACAUCUGUGAGAUUCUGACUUUUGCCUUUUCUUGAAAAUUCUCAUAAAGUAUGCCUUUUUGUAUCCAUAUAUUUUAGGAGAUUAAAUGAAUAAAUUAAAGGGACACUCCGAGCCCCUAAACCACUUUAGCAUGUUGAAGUGCUUUAUGUGUGAAGAGUGUGACCUCUUUUUUUUCAUUUCAAUAGAAAUAGGCACUUUUGUAAAUUAAUCAUGUUACACCUCCUGGCUUUUAAACAGACAUAUACUGUUACUUCCUGGUUAAUUUAGCUUAAUGGAACUAAACUCAACAGGCAGCCAUUCCAGAGAUCACCUGUCUUGCACAGACUUCUCAUUGAGCUGCAUUGGAAAGUCUGUGAUUGGACCACCACAGAAAGUCUGCACGGGGUCAGAUGGGGAGGGCCUAAUUAUUUCAGUUGUUAUUUGGAAUUAUUUUUGUGAAUUUUUGUCAUUUUUACCUUUUAGGCUAUUUUUCAACUGUCUUAUUUCUGGGUUCCUGGGCACAUUUAUCCUGACUAUAAUUUCAUCAUAUGUGUUUGCUGCAUACUUCAUUGACCCAGCAUUGUUAAGAACCAAUGAACAUUUUGAAGGUUUGUGGCAUUUUAUUCUGAAUGAAUGCAUCUGGACCCACAUGUAGUGCAUAUAUACCUCUAUAAAAGGAGUUGCCAGUUGUGUCUGCUAUUUUUAAUUCAGCCCCUCUCACUCUAAUUAUAUACUGGAGUGGUGCUUGAAAGAGAAAGUCAGACACACACAGGCUUUUGGGUUAUUUACUAAGUACUAAUUUACUAAGUACGAAUCCAAAGUAAAUUUCAAAUUUAAGCACACAAUAGUCAAACGGAAAGAAAGCUGAAUUGGACAUAUUUUUUUUUAGUUUGGUAAUUUUGAAUUUGAUUUCUAACUUUAGUGAAUAGUCCAGAAUGACAUCACCAAUCAUAUAUGUAUGUGUUUAUGUAAACAUAAGGUCUCUGAGUUUAACUAAACAAAUCUCCUUUUUCUGCUUGUGUCUUGUAGUCUCAAAGAACCUCACUAGCGUGUGGUAUGCGUUCCUUCCAUCUGCCCCAGUGGAAACUCAGGCAGCCGCCAUCUUGGCUCUAGCUGCACUAAUUUCUCUAAUGGGCUUUGUCACUAUACUACUAUUGGGGCAACUGCUCUGCUUUCAUAUCUACCUCUGUAAGUAUAUCAAGUCUCUCUCCUUGUGUAUAUAAUGGCGAGAGCACUCUCAGUAUUUUUCCUUUGCUCUCACCAUGAUCUAAUUCCUAUCAAGGUGUAUAUGCCACUCAGAGAGAACCCAUGUUUCUAAUUGUGCAUGUACAACUCCCUGAAACAGAGUUAAAUAUACAUCCCCACGUACACAUCAAUAAUGGAAUACAUUCAAGCUUCUGUAUAUGUACAUAACAGUGGGCUUUAUUACAUAUUACGCAUUUUGUUUGACAUGUCACCAUGCCAUGUAAUGCCACAUAGAUAUACCAGCAAGUGAACUCCACUUUGGGUUAGUGUACCUUGAGUAAGAUGACUUCAUUCAUAUUGAUUGCAUUGGAAAAUGUAUUGUUGAAUUAUGAUACUGGUAAGUCUAAAUACUGAGGUCUGCAACAAUUAUCAUUCUCAGCCAUAUCCCUACUUGAUGAUGCUGGUUCCAGAUAAUAGUUACAUAGCUGAAAAGAGACAUGUGUCCAAGUUCAGCCUUUCUCACGUCUGUUUUUGCUGUUGACCCAAAACAUGCCUUCUGCUUAUUUUCCUGUGUUGUGUUGUCUCCAACUAUUCCCAGAUUUAUCACAGGGAUAGUCAUGCUUUAGUAAGGAACCUUAGCAAAGUUUUGCAUUAUAUGUAUGCAUAUAUGUAUGUACCUCUCCUGCAGCACUGAGCCAUGUCAGGACUAGUUAAGAAAAUGCAUAUGAGUAAUGUACAUUUAGGACCUCAACAAAAAUACAUGCUGUCACUGGCGCAACUACCCCGGUCGCAGCUGCGACCGGGCCUGCCACUCCUGCGGACCCCUGCAACCAGGUGCCUGCUGCCAUUUGUUGCAGCCUCUGCCCGCGCAGUGUAAUCGUCGCAUUGAAGGGGUCCAUCGGGUGGCCCAUGCUGUUAGGGCCACUCGAUAACAAUGAAUAUCCAGGGGGCACCGGGCCCCCUGUGAUGACAUCAGACGCUGGGAGGAAGUGACUGCCUUGGUUACUCCUCCCAACUAUCAGAGAGAGCCACACGUGAGGAAGGAGAGGGAGUCAGAGUGGGAACUCUCAGCCUGAGCCACCACUGGACCCCAGGGAAAGUCACCCUCCUGCACCUAAAAGGUAGGAAACAGGAGGGUGACAUUUUGCAUGUGUGUGUGUUAGUGUAUGUGUGUCUGUAUGUAUAUCUCUCUGUAUGUAUGUAUGUGCAUCUGUGUAUGUGUCUCUGUGUGUGUAUAUCUGUGUGUCUGUAUGUAUGUGUGUGUCUCUGUAUAUGUGUGUGUUUACAUGUGUAUCUGUUUGUCUGCAUGUGUGUGUGGGGUUGUGGACAUAUGGGGGAGGGAAGAAGUAGACCUAUGGGGGGGAGGGACCCAGGGCAAUUUUCACACCAGGGCCCCGUGGUUUGUAGUUACGCCUGUGCAUGCUGUAUAGAGAACCUUCUGGUCACGGGCUAAAUGUGAAUUGUUGGUGGUAAGACCAGGGCAUUUCACAUCUCAAUGCGUUAAUUAAAGGGCACAAAUUGAUGAGCCAGAGUUUCUGUUUUGAACUUUAGCUCUGCUAGCCUUGCUGCACAUCUAAUUCUCUGGUGUACAAUUGCUUAGGAUUGACAGAUGGAAGAGCCUUAUGAAUCUCCAGGCUUCACCGCGGAAGACGAGAGGGUGCUAUGCUGCAAACUGCAGCAUGUACAUUAAUAAUAAAUUGCCCAGACAUCACACAAAACACGAAAUAGACAAAUUCUUAUUAUUCUUUUAAACUGCUGUUUAGUUGAAAUCAUUCUCUCUCACCCUUAUUUUUGUAAGGGUUCUUGCCUGAGGACACAGUACAGUCAUCUAGCCCCACGAAAAUAGCCACACUAUUUUGAUAUAUGUUUCAUUUGAAACAUUUAAGGAAUGUUUUGAGGAACUGAUACCAAGUACAGAUUUUGGGUGCCUGUCAAAAACCGUUAUCUAGCAUUGGUCUAUCUAUAUUGAGGUUGCUCCUUUUAUAUUGCACCUGGAAAUAUGACCAAUAAUACAGAACAUAUAACAUAUAGUAUUCCGUACUAGAGUGGACUAUCUGAUGGAUUUUUUUGUUUGCUAUCUCUCUUGCUGAUUGCAGGGAUAGCUAAGGCAGUUUGUUUUUUAGGUUUCCCAUAGCUGCAAGUAAUGCUAUUGUUUGCACAUGAUAACACGAUAACAUGAUAAUUGCUGUGAAAGUCAAACAAAACAUUUUCUCUGUGUAUUCCAAGCACUGAUUGAUAGUGGUAGAAUGUUUCAUUGUUAAAUGUAGAUUCUUUUGUCUUUAACAAAUGAAACGUGAAUGCCUUAAAGGAAUACUCUUAACAUUAAAAAUACAUACAUUCUAUUAAAGUUAUCUAAAAGCAAGAUGCGCUUUCAUUACUAUGCUAAAUGUAUCUCUGGCAACAGGAUCCAGUCCCUGAUUUGUUUACAGAUUAUUUUAAUAUGAAUAUCUAUUGAUAAUGUUAUCUAGAGUAUAAAUGAUAAUCUCAGCCUGAAGCCAAUUUUCUCUUUAUACCCCAGUGUGGGAAAAACUCAGCACAUAUGAAUAUAUAAUGCACCAGCGACAAAAGCAAGAAAUGAAAUCGGGCAGCAGAAACCCAGAAGAGGGUGACUCGCCACCAGCAGGACAGGCACAGAUAGAGGUAUAUUCACUCUCCAAGUUCUUAUUAAAACUUAAGAAUUGUAUUUAAUGUUGCUUUGUUUUUAUUGAUUACCCAGUCCCAUAUGUUAUUCAGAUGCGUCUCCUAAGAUAUAUGAUACAUGUGCGGCAAUCGGUCACUGAUAGUUCGUAGCUAGAGCAAGAUUAAGUGCUCUAGUGGACUGGGUUGUCCUUUUAAUUUGUUAAUCUGAUACUGUUACUUGAAUCAGAACUCCCUUGAAAAAAAUAUGCUAUGUUAUUGUCUUAGAAAAUUUUUUUUCUAUACAAAGGCUUGAUCUGGUUUUUGGGAAUACCUAUGUCUUUAUUUUGUGCUCUUUUCGUAAUUCUAUAAUACUGCUUAUGCUGCUUUUCAGUGCACAAUGAUUAUUAUAUACUCUAUUUAAGCAGCAGUUCAUACUUUCAAAUCUACUUUGUGGAGUUAUAUUAUAUAAACAUACAAAAUUAAGCCCUGCGCUCAAACUCUGACUACUCCCGGGGCGGCAGCAAUGACUAUAUAAAUACAUACAAAAAACACAAAAGAAAAGAGUUACUUGCACACUAUCCCAAAUCCCUAUACACAUUUAAAUAACUGGAGGUUUUUUUAGUAUCACUCCAAUGGCCGUUAAAGUGUAAGCUUACCUGCCACCUCUUAGGGGAGUCUUGCACUAACAAUUCACCUUUCUUAUUUAAGCUAAAAGGUAACAUCUCCAAUGAGACAGAGAGGGCUAUUUCUAAACCCCUACACACAUAUUAACCCUUAACAGGGAACACAUCUAUAUAAAGUAUAUCUAAUAAAUGCCUUAGCAGUCACUGUGUAGUAAGGGAUCUCCUAUAUAUAAAGGAAAACUAAAACGUUAGGCAUACAAAAGUGUAUUCCAAACUUUAGUGUCCAUGUUCCAAGUUGUAUGACUCCCUCAUCCCCCCCAUAUGUUUUAUAAAAAUUAUAAAAUAAAAGGUUUUAUUUACCUGUUUCCAGCACCAAAGCUUCCUUAGCAUCCUCAUUGAGAAUCACUGGGGACCUGAUGCUCUUGCACCUCUGCCCACUAUGUGCUUGUGUGUGUUUCAGAAUAUAAUCAUAUGACAUAAGAAUAUAUGAACUGUUUAGUUUUUUUUUUUAUCGUUUUGUGUUUUUAGUUAACACAUUUGUUUGAUUGGCAGGAGGAGGUUUAUGGAGGAAGCCUCAUUUACACUAACCCGGACGUACGAAUCAAGGGAUCUUUGAAUGAAUCGUUAGGUAAAAGGUGAGUGCAACUCUUGGUAACAAUUUAUUUGAAUUUAUUUGCAAUUUAUCAGUCUUCUUUAAUACACUAAAUAUCCCUCUGCGCACACUUAAGAAUGGGUAAAACCCAUUUUUUCACCUAACUGAUUCCAGCGGCUCAGCGCUUACAGUGUAACGGUGAUCCAGGAACCUAACGCGCAGCAAAUGCCGGGCGCAUUACUGCUUCAUAAGAUAGGCAUUCAAUCAAUGCUUUCCUAUGGAGUGUUUGAAAGUGCUGGUCUAGCUCUUUUCAUUGAGAUAAACUCUAUGUUAAUGCUGAAAGCGUCUCGAGUCGCUGUCUGGUAGACAGCUACUAGAAGCAGUCUUAACACUGCAGUGUAAACAUUGCAGUUUCUUAAAAACUGCAAUGUUUUACAUUGCAGAGUUAAGGGGAUAGGGCCAGUGCACCCGGCCUACUUUAACCCCUUAAGGACCGAGGACGGUUCAAGACCGUUAUCGGCAUUUUUGCAUUGUCGACCACUGACGGUCCUGAACCAUCCUAGCGGUCUUAGUUACUUACCCGAGCGCCGUCGUUCCCCCGGCGGCGAUCGGCGGUGCUCCCAGUGUGGGGAGACUGCCUGCAGCCCAGACAGUCUCCCCACACCGGAUUAGGACCCCUGUGGCCAUGUGAUCGCUCAACACAGCGAUCACAUGGUCACAAUAGGUGUCCAUGUGUCUGCCUGCAGGGGGACUGUCUGUGCUGACAGGCAGUCUCCCUGCUAGUGUAAAAUCAUAAAAAAUAAAGUUAAUGUUAAUUAAAAAUAAAAUUAUAUAAAUAUAUAUAUAUAUAUAUAUAUAUAUAUAUAUAUAUAUAUAUAUAUAUAUAUAUAUAUAUAGUUAAUACAAUGCUAAACAAAAAUCUGCACACCAGUCAAGCCAUAAGACUUGCUUUUCCCACAGAAAUCCCAAAUCAGCAGUGAUGUUACAACCACAAAGGAUUCUGGGUGGGCAUAUGCAAAUUAGUUUAACAAAGAAUCACAUUUUUGCCUCAUUCCAUUUUAAACAUGGAUUCCUUUUAAUUUGUGUUUGCAGUAUACAACUGCUUGGAACACAAUUUAGGAUAAGAUGCAAAACCAGUGAACCACUCAUGGACAGCUGUUUCGUUGUUAAUGCAACUCUUCAGCAUGAGGUUGGUUACUGGUUUGCUUAUUGAGGCUUGGUAGUGCUUGGGAAGCAAAUUCCAAAUAGGUUAUGGUGGGGAAAAAUUGUGAUUGAAAACCCCUUCCACCUGAAGUAUGUGGAUAGUUAAUACAAUGCUAAACAAAAAUCUGCACACCAGUCAAGCCAUAAGACUUGCUUUUCCCACAGAAAUCCCACAUCAGCAGUGAUGUUACAACCGCAAAGGAUUCUGGGUGGGCAUAUGCAAAUUAGUUUAACAAAGAAUCACAUUUUUGCCUCAUGUGUGUAUAUAUAUAUAUAUGAUAUAUAGACAUAUAUUAUACCUAUAUAAUAUAUGUCUAUAUAUCAAAUAUAUAAUGUCAUACUAAGUGUAUUUUUAUAUUAAUAUGUACAUAUAUUAAUAUAAAAAUACACUUAUAAUUAAAUUACACACAUAUAUAUAUAUAAUAUAUAUAAUAACUAUAUAUAUUGUGUAUAUAUAUUAUUAUAAAAUAUAAAUAAGUAAUUUAAAUUAAAUAAAAAAAUGUAAAAAUAAUAAAAAAUUUAAAAUAUUAUAUAUCUGUAUGAAAUUUUAUUCUAACUGUAUUUUGAUAUUAAUAUAUAUAUAUUUAUAUCAAAAUACACUUAGAAUGAAAUUGUAUAUAUAUCUAUGCAUAUAUAAAUAAAUAGAAAUAAUACGAAAUAUACAAAAUUACAUAAAUAAUUAUAUAAAUACACACGUAGACUUCAAAUAUAUAAAUAUGCAUAUAUAUUUAAAUUCUACAUGUGUAUUUAUGUAAUAUUUUUACAUAAUUAAGUAAUUUUAUUGAUUGCAAUUUGAGGGACCUGCCUGCCAACCCAGGCCGAAAGUCCAGAGAAUUUAAUUUGCUAGCACAGUAUUUUACCCUGUAAUGUUCUAUAACACCCUAAAACCUGUACAUGAGGGGUACUGUUUUACUCAGGAGACUUCGCUGAACACAAAUAUUAUUGAUUCAAAACAGUAAAACAUAUCACAGCGAUGAUAUUGUCAGUGAAAGUGACUUUUUUUUGCAUUUUUCACACACAAACAGCACUUUUACUGAUGAUGUAAUUGUUGUGAUACGUUUUCCAGUUUUGAAACACUAAUAUUUGUGUUCAGCAAAGUCUCCUGAGUAUAACAGUACCCCCCAUGUACAGGUUUUAUAGCAUUUAUGAAAGUUACAGGGUCAAAUAUAUGGGUCAAAUAUUUUUACAUUGAAAAUGGCCAGGUUGGUUACGUUGCCUUUGAGAGCGUAUGGUAGCCCAGGAAUGAGAAUUACCCCCAUGAUGGCAUACCAUUUGCAAAAGAAGACAACCCAAGUAUUGCAAAUGGGGUAUGUCCAGUCUUUUUUAGUAACCACUUAGUCACAAACACUGGCCAAAAUUAGCGUUCAAUUUAGUUUUUUACUUUUUUCACACACAAACAAAUAUGAAUGCUAUCUUUGGCCAGUGUUUUCGAAUAAGUGGCUACUAAAAAAGACUGGUCUAUUUUCUCCGGUAUGUUGUUUUAACUUACUGCUCUAGAAGGAUUUUCUUUGUGCCUUUUCUUUUGAGUACACGAGAAGAAAAAGAGAAGAGGGAGGGUGUCCCCUUAACACACCAAAGCAAUUUCUCAUUUACCCACCCCUGUAGAUAAAAUUGUUUACGGGGCUUAGUUGUGGAGUGGAGAUAAGUAAAAAGCACACUUACCCGAGCAGCACUUACAUAUGCCAAUACCACUUCAUGAUGCUCUAGGCGUACUUAUGUGUACUAAGACUGCAAGGAUACCGUCGUUCACGCUCAUGACACCAUGGGAGGUAAGUUAAUUUACAUAGUAUGCUUUGGCUGUGCCAGGACAGUUAGGUGUAACAUGUAAAUAAUGACUUUUUAAAAACAAAAUACUAAAACAUAGGAAUACAUGCUGAUACGAAAGGCACUGUCUUGUGUUGAUCAUAAUUGUGCAUAUUUUAGGUUUAAAAAACAAAACAAAAAAUAUUCUAGUAAACUCUAAUCUAUUUGAAAUGCUCUGUCUAUAUUUAGUUGCCCAACGUUGUCUAUUGACAAUGAAAAACUGGAUGGGGAGCUGCAGUCUGACCCUGGGCCAUCAUUAUCAGUGCCAAAAAAGCCAAGAACGGUUUGUAGUAAUUUAUUUUAUCAAUAUCUUUUCACCAAGAAAGAUUUUAUUAUUUUAGCUGGUCACGUACAUAAUUGAAAAUAUAAUAUGUAAUAUAUAUAUACAAUUGUCUUUGUUUAAUGGUUGGAGUUUGAGCACCAUGGCUUAAUAAUUUGUCUGAGAAGUGAGUACGAGGCUCCUGUUUCAUAUUAACUGGGGACAGAACUGUAACUCUCACUCAAAACCGCCAGUCACAGUCUUAUUUGAUAAAUGCCGCUCCACCUAAACAAAAACUAACUGAGCAUGUCUGCAUGUUCUUGGAAGAAUCCUGUUUUCUGGUACUAUGGAAGUAAAGAUAAUCAACCUACCUGAGGUUGAAAUAAAUGUAAUAAAUAUGAAAGGUCACAAAAUUGACAUGGUGCAAUAAUUACUUUUGUAAUUCAAAAGUACUAUUUAUACUGUUCCAGGCAGUGUAUAUUUAGAUGUAGAUAAGGCAUUUUAGCUAAGUAGAUUGAACAGUGUUAGUUUUGCCUGCUGGAAGAAGGAGUCAAAUUGAACUUAAGGGGAUAACAUUUCACUGUAAUAAAAAACAAACAAACAAAAAUAAUAUAAAUAUAUACAUAUGAAUAUAUAAAGAGUAACAGAAAACACAGCAUUCCUUGAAUAAACUGUUCAUUCUUAUUAACCGUAUGCACUUGCUGUAGCUCCAUCUACUGUUGGGUUUGUUGAUCACACUCAUAUGAUUAUUGGUGGUGCUGCUACAACACCCUCCAAUUAUCUUUAUCUUUAUUUAAGUCCAUUAUCGUAUAAUUCUCAGCCUUUUCUGUCAGCAAACACAGAAGGGAAUACAAUCUAUACACUGGCUAGAAAGACCAUUUCCAGAGGGAGGAAGACAGCGGUUAUCACUUCACUGCACCUCACUCCCCAUGGUUUGGUGAGCAAACGGUGGACUUUGAUUUUUAUGUUGUUGCUGAAGGCUUUUUUAUACCAUAUCAAUAAAAGUUUUUUACCUGACACCUGGGUCACAGGAGCAUCUAUCGGAUCCCGCGUACUCUAGGGGCUGAUCCUCCCUGGGUGAUAUAGCUUUGAGUGGGGCUUUUACUACUCCCAACUUGUGAGUUGUAUUCUUACAGAGGGCAUUUGUUCUUUAUCUGAUUUUAAUAACUUUAUUGCACUAGGAGUGCCUUCUCUGUUCCCUUUUUGUCUCCCCUUUUACAGAAAUCAUCUGUGCAUUUUGGCAGGUUAUAAGUAUACACACAUGUGUGUUUGGUAUAUAUGGUUUUAAUGUGGGAUAACACCAGUUCCACUGUAUGUGCAGUCUAGAAAACUUUGUAACACUUGAGGUGUCUCUGUAAAUAUCCUUGCACACCAGCAUUUUCUGUUUUUAGCUAUAUUCGACUUGUAUUUUUUCAUUUGAGUCUCUUUGCUCCAAAUAGCCUUGUAUUCAGGUGCCUUUAGUUGCGGCUUCCGUGCACCAUUUUGAUUUCCAUACAGGCAGGGCUGCAAAUUCUCAAACCUUUCUAGAUUACAUACCUGCUCUCUUUUGUGCUCCAUUUGUCCUUUGCACUUUCUGGGUUCUUCUUCUUCAUAAAUGCUUAAUGUUCACCAAGAGCCUCCUGUCUCAUAGCUAUUCUCUGCCUGGAUCCAUUAUAGCUAGUACUCUGUACCUUGGAUAACUGUCUCUUGUGGACCCUGUGAUCCAGAUGCCUGACUCAUAUUGCCCCAUUUAAACUGAUUUCUGUCUCCUGUAGCUUUUGCAACUCCUAUUUCUAGAAUUCCCCAUAUGUUCUUCAAGGAGAAUUGUCAUUAUUAAAAAUAGUAGAUGACCUGUAAUAUGGCCUUCGUAUAUAUUAUUCAUGAAGAAUACAAAUAAGAACUUUUUAGUGCAUCUGCUGACUUUAAGAGUAUAUGGCAUCUCUGUAGAGGCAACCAUCUUUAGUCAGCUAUGACUAUGCAAAAUUUGAAGGUCUGAAGCCGUCCAACUGCCCACACUUGUUAUAUGAUAUUGACUGAUGUUGCUACCUCAACAUUCCAACAUGGAGUGAUAUGAGAAUGCUGGACAACCUGGAGGAAAACCCAGCAGAAGGAAGAAAGCAGCAAAUUUACUGAAAUGUUUUCAGGAAUUCUUAGAGGUCCUACACGCAGGAGAAUGGGAGCCCAGCUAAUGGGAGCAAUAGGGCUUUCAAAGCAACAGGAACCAAGCUAGUGGGAGUAAAAGGGCUUUCAAAGAUUAAAUAAAUUUGCAACUACCGAUGUGGUAUGCAUCGUACGAUGAUGGACACAAUGUUGUUGGAGUAGUAGUGUAAAUCAUCAUCAUAAAAUGAGUGUGUUUGCUAGACUUCAUCAGCAGGUGGAUCUGGUGCAGAUUCAUAUAGUUGAAUACAAUGUACAUUUUAUGCCACUUUUUUGCAUAUCUCUCUCGUUAACUGACACUUUGCAGUGUUUUCUGUUAUUCUCUGAGUUUGUUCUUUUCUGAUUAAAGUCUGAUCCGGUAUCCUGCUUAAGGUUAAUAAUUAUGAAACAGAACCAAUAAAAUCCAUAUAGUAAAAAAAAAAAAAUCAUGUAGGGAAAUAUUUUGUUAAAGUGAUGGUACAAUGAUCACAUGCCAUGUCUGUUAAUGGGUGAAGAACCCAUUGUACAGCGCUACAGAUUUUACUGGCUCUAUAUAAAUAAUAAAUUAGGAGGAAGAAGAACCGCUUUCAUCUAUAUAGCUAAAACAUUAUGAUAAUAGCAAAUAGUUCCGUAAUAUGGUAUCCUUAUGUGGGAUUGCCAUAUUUAAGGCUACCAAAUAAAGAUUUUUUUCAUAGUCAUUUACAUGCCCUAGUCUAGUUGGUGAAUUCUGAAUAUUUUGGGAAUUAGAGUUUAGGUAUGUAUCCUUGUUUCUGAUAUUUUGGACACUGCUAUGUUUGGAGUUUUGCAGUGGUGCAGUACCCAACAUCCACUUCUACUCUCAAUAAAACCACUGCUGUAAUGUAACCUUUAAUAUAGGAUUUUUAAAUGCAAAAAAAAGUGCAGUGAAUGCUAUGCAAGAGUCUAUCUUUGUCACAUAUCAAUGUGAUGAGCAUCUUUUCUAUUGUUAAUUUAUAGAGCAGGUCAUUUUAAAUAAUUAUAUAAACUAGAUAACUACAGAAGGUGUCUUCACAUUUGGAAGCUCAAUUCAGGCCAUAACAGAAUCUGAGUCAAAUCUAAUCAGUAUGCCAAACUUUUAAAUGUGUCUACUGCAGCCCACAUCUUUCAUGUUAGCUAUGAUCUGACAAGUAAUCAUAAGUGAACUGCAGUCCAAAAUGUCAUUUAUAAAUGAUAGAUGAAAUAGUUAUCCGAAGCAAGGGAAUUUCCUUUCAAAACCUAAAUAAUCAAAAGUCUGGAAUAUAAAUGACACAGUCUUCUAAUAUUGUCCUAAGUAUUAAAGUGCCUUUGCUAGAUAUUGUCUGAAUAAGCCAGCAUGGAACCUAAUUAACCAAGUGUCUUUAACUGCAUUGGCCAAGACCAUCAAACGAUUUGAAGAUACCAACAAUCUUGAGGACAAAACGAGGACAGGCAAGCCAAGGUUGAGCUAAGAAUGAAAGAACAAAUGUCUGUGAAACUGGCGAUUUACUGCUGAUAAAGCUCAGAUACAAGCUCAGCUGAAUGCUUGUAGAAGUACAGAUUGUUCAACAUCAACUCAUCCAUGGAUAUUGCUUGAACAGAACUAACUGGAGGAUUUUCUGCAAACAAAAACUAUUGUUAAUGGUGCCGAAUAACAGAAAGAGACUUCUAACCUGAGCUAGAUAUAUUACUAAAGAAACUGGACAUGUUUAAUUAAAUAUUAGAAGUUGAUCUCGUAGUGCCAAAAUUAAAGAUUUUGAGUUCAAACCACUUUGUGUUUAUAAGAGAGGGAACACUUGAGUUGUUAAUGUCUCAUUCCUUCUCCAUGUUUGACUGUUGGAACCACAAAUGCAGAAUUGUGUCACACAUGCCUUACAGUCCACAGUCUUGCUACAAGCAGUCCAAUUGUCAAUGCAACACAAAAGCAUUAAAAAGCAAGUUACAUAAAAACUAAAAUUAAAGUUAAAAAGUUUAAUUAUAACUGUCUACAAAUGCUUCUGGGACUAACUGUUGUACUCACUGCAGGGUGACAGUAUUUUUAUUUUAAAGAUCCACGUCAGUGUAAUAAUAUUAAUAUUUCAAAACAACCAGUUAAAAAUCAAACACACACACACUGCAUUCAGGAAUGUAUUUUGUUUCAUAUUUUCUUAAGGUUCAUGCUUAUUCUAUGACUGUUUAAUUUGUAUUUAUUUUUUUUCAUAUCAAAGUAUACUCAAUACGUCAUAAUGGCAAAGCAAAAACCACCAUUGCAAAUAUAUUAAACAGAAAUAUCACAAUGUAUUCAGACUCUGAGGUCUUUUUAGUUGAAGCAACUUUGCCCGCAGUUACAACCUCAAGUAUAUUUAUGUAUGACGUGACAAGCUUUGCACACCUUGAUUUGGGUAGUUUCUCCCAUUAUCUCUGCAGAUCCUCUGAAGCUCUGUCGGGUUGGAUGAGGACUGUCAGUAGAUAGCCAUUUUCAGGUCUCUCCAGAGAUGUUCGAUUGGGUUUACGUCCAGGCUCUAGGAUAUUUGCAGAGUUGUCCCUAAGCCACUCUUGUGUUGUCUUGGUUGUGUUAGGAUCAUUAUCCUGUGAACCUGAGCUCUCAGGACCAUGUUCAUAUUAAGGAUAUCUCUUUUUUUUUUUUCCGAAUUCAGAUUUUCUCAACCUUAACUAGUCUUCAAGUCCCUGCCUCCGAAAAGAACACCCGCAAACUAUGAUGCUACCUUUACUGUGCUUCACAGUUGGAAUGGUAUUGCACAGGUGAUAAGUGGUGCCUAGUUUUAUCCAUAUGUGAUGCUUUGAGGUCAAACAAUUCAAGCUUCAUCAGACCAGAUUAUCUUGUUUCUCACAGUCUGGAAAAAAAAAAAAUUAAAUUGGGCUUUUAUAUGUCUUGCAGGAAACAGAAGCUUCUAUCUCAUAGCCACACAUGAUCUGUGAAACGAUUCUUGAGUUAUUCAGGGUUCUUGGCCAUCUCCCUUACCAGGGACCUUUCAAAGUUUGGCCAGGCAGCCAGCUCUAGGAAGAGUCCUAGUUGUUCCAAACCUUUUCCAUUAUAAGAAUUAUGGAGGUCACUGUGCUCUUGGGAAUGUUUUUAAUGUAGCCAAAAUGCUUUCUAGCCUUCCAUAAAUCUGUGCCUUGAUACAGUCCCAUCUCUGAGUAGGCAGCAUCUUUGACCUUACGGCUUGCUUUUUGUUUCGAUGUGAUCUUUUAUAGACAGGUGUUUUUUCCAAAUAAUGGAAAAAAGAACCAUAUUAAAUGGGAUGCAUCAGAGCUAAAUUUCAAGUGUCAUAGCAAAGGGUCUGAAUACCAAUUCAAUACAAUGUCAAUGUGAUAUUUCAGUUUUUUUUUAUUCUUGAUAUUAUUCAUAAAUUUGCUAAGUUUUCAAAAGUAAUUUCUUUGCAUUAUAAUUAUGGAGUAUUGGGAGGCUACUGACUUGCCAUGUUUGUCAGCUCAUGUUCAAAGUUGGCCAAUCCCAGUGGUAAUUCCAAACACACUUAAUUCCUAUAGAUAGGUGAGAUUAAACAAAUAUUAACAUACAUACAUUUUUUGUUUUAACUUGAUUCCUAGAAAUAGUAUUUUUAAGAUGACAGUGCCACUUUAUGUUUGUUGAGGUAAGCCAUUUCCAUACUAGUGGGUCCAAUACGUACAUGUUUUUCUAGCUUCUCUUUUAUUGAGUUUCUAAUUUUAUAAAAUGUAUUUUUUAGAUGCAAAGCUGCUAGCUGAAUGUUCUAAUGGUGUUUCAGUAUGUUUUGGAGUGCAAUGUGAGCAGAUUUACAUGAGAUAGUAAAAUAUUUUUAAUAUGUCCGCUAGCUAAUGUGUGUGUUUUACCUCAGAGAAAAUUCCUUAUUUCCUGUUAUAUAAAUGAUAUUCCUUGCCAUCUGUUUGGAUUAAAUUUAUGCUUGAUUUAUGAUGUCCUAUGUCUAGCUCUUCUCCACACAUUUGUAAUUAAGUAUCCACACUUGAUUGUCAAGGUCACUUAAUAAUAUUUGAUUUUCCCUGAUCCAAAUUGCCCAGAAGGUAUGUUAUCAGUACACUGGGAAUUGUGACAGAUGGAAGCCAAAAGAUUAGUUAUGUUUGCUCAGUUAUGACAUAUGUUCAAAUCUGUUGCAUGUUUGUUUUAACAUUAUAAAAUAUUUUUUUUAAUCCAACUUUGUGUUCCUCUGUUAUUUCAAUGUCCUGUUAUUGUUGCCUAAACGUAGGUGCCACUUAAAUGUUGGGCUAAAUUCCAUAGUUGUAAUAUCAGAAUAUUUAUUGGCUACAUUUGCUUCAUAACUUGAUGCAUGACUGAAGUUAGACAACAGGUGAGGUACACGUUGAGAUGUGAGAAAAAAGAGCUUUUAAAGUGGCUCUGUCACACGUCAACUUUUUUAUCCCCUUUACCUUUGGAGUCCUAACUUCUCCUUUUCCAUAUUUCUUUGCUCCAAAACCCCUCCCCUUACCUAAUUCUUCGCAUGGGCGCCACCAACAAUUUUGAUUCAACUGAACCGAAUUUAGUUUAUUUAUUCAUUCGUUUUCUAAUGAAAUUCAGCUUCAAAACUUCAUUCAGAUAAAUGAAAUCCUGAUUCAUGCUGCGGCUGCAUCUUGCAACCGUUUAAUAGAUUACUCUCUAAACUGAAUCCUUCUGGGAUUGCCAUAUUUAAAGGUACCAAAUUAGUGAGCUCUUCAGUAGAUAACGCCUUUUUGGAAAUCGCUGUAAUAUUGGCCCUUCAGACAGCAUUACAAAUACUAAGUAAAAAAUACUUUGUAUUUGUAAAUAAGGGAUGUUAAAUCUUCCAUCCUGCCCCUACCUGCCGUGCCUUAAGUAGGAACAUGUCUACUAAACAGCGAACAGUUAUAAAUAAACACAAACAUCUGGGUUGCUAAUCCAAUAAAGGGGAACCUGGCACAGUUCAUAUUGAACAUAGUGUCCUCCGUGUGCCCCCAUCCAUGCCUUGCAGGAAGAAACUAUUAAACUAAGCAAGGGGGCCUAGUGUCUCCCUCGAGCAAUCAGAAUUGCAAAGCAUCAUGGGAUUUGUAGUUCUACCAUACUGCCAUUUGGCCACCCUUUGCUUUAAAACAGAACUGUCAUUGAGAUGCCUGUCAUGUAUGCUCAGUGCCUGUGGUAAUAUCUGUGAGAUAACAAGUGCAGUUUCCAUAUGAAAGUAUUAUGACAGCACUUGCCAGCCACAUAAAGUUAAUCAGCUCAUUAUUAAGUUUAAUUUUAGUUUUAAUGAUCAUGAUAUAACAUAAUGGAUGUGGGCGUGGUUUUGGUGAGGUAGGGCAGCAUUUAAUCGUUGGACCCAGGCAGCACAAUGUUUUGGGAUGGCCCUGAGUUAAAAUGAUGAAGAUUUCGCAAGGCAGCAAAGGAAGGUCAGGACAGAAGGUAGUAUUAUGGGAGAAUGUUCUGUGACAAAGAAUGUGGAGCUUGAUUAAACUCCACCUUUUUUUUGCAAAUAGAAUUUUUUAUUCAUUUUUCAAAAAGUAUUUAAGAAAGGGGACAGGAAAAAGAAAAGGAGAGGGGUUACAAACAUACAGAUUGCAUAUAUCAUGGCAAACUUUCACAUUAUUGGGUACUACAGGUUCAGUUAUCUUAUAUGACUUAUAUAAUCUUUUGGCCGCCCGUGCUAACUAAAUAUGAAGUUGUCAUAUAUUAUGUCUCGACACAAUUUAAAGAUUAGAAACGUAUUCUUAAAAACUCCACAUUUUUAUAACAUUUGUCAAGCUUAGGAAAAAUAAGUAAGACAAAGUAGUGUCUACUUUGGAUGCAAAGAGGCAACAAUAGGAGAAAGGUAAGUUUUAGGUGACAGAGCCACUUUAAGAGCUGGAUGCUGAUUAAUAUAACUCGAUUGGAGGUGGUUGUUAAUAAAGGCCACAAAGUGCAGAAAAAUAGGUCACACUGGAAGAAAAAAAAUGCGACUAUUAAUAAAAAAAACUGAAGCACAUCAAAUCAGCUUCAAUAAUUUUAUAUCCUCUUGGACAAUGAUUAUUUAAAUCACCAGGCUAUCUUUGAGCUAUGGUAGAAUUUGCCCAUUAUCUAUAAGAGAACCUUAUCCUCCUUUCAUUAUUAGUGUCUGGGAGGGAGGGUCUGCUGCUGAUUGGCUGGAAUGUGUCUGCUGACUGUGAGGUAAAGGGUCAAACAGCGCAUAUGUUCGCCGUCCGCGGCGAACCGUUCGGGACAUCACUAGAAGUGUUUAGUAAGGCUGUGUAUGUCACAUGCAGUAAGGUGUGACUAGGGAUGCAAACAAAGUGAUUUAACUCUUAAAUGGCAGAUAAUUAAGCAGUGAGACUGCAGGGACAUAUCCUAUACAACAAAACUGCUUCAUUAAGCUAAAUUUAUAUUGGUGACUAUAGUGUUUUACAUGCUGUAUAUCGACUGGAACAAAGAACUUUUACUUCUGUGACAGUUCUUCUCCUUUUUGUUCCUUCACUCCAGUAAAGACUAUUACACCAUUUCCUUCGCCACCCCUUUAAACCUUGGGAGUGUACAUCUAACAAAGAAAUUCAAUACAUUCACAUGCACACUCGGAAUUCUCAGUUGCAGUACUGCAUGUGCGCAUGUGCUGAGUGUACACCAUUGCAAGAGUUAACUAAUUUACAUACUAUGACUUGGCUGACAAAGUAUGCAAUUAAAAUUUAAUGAUAGAAAAUAUAUUUUAGAAAACAUUUGCACAACCAAUAGCUUAGUGAAGUGACAGUUCCUCUGCAAAUGUGAGGUAAAAGGUUGCGCUUAAAAAGGCGCAUCCACCAUUAUACUAACAUUUCACAGUUAUUACUGUUGAAAUCCACUCACUGGGUUAAUUACAAUAACAAUUAAUAGUUUUCAUUAUUGAUACUCUCCAUUGACAACAUUUGUCAGCCUCCCUCCAGGCCAGGCAGUUAUUCACUGCAUCCAGAGUACACUUGACAAUAACCUGGUGCAAUUGUUCCCGGGUCGACUCAAGGAUUUUUGCCACGAUAGGCAAAAAUCAGUCAUGAUGCUCUAUUUGUCUCCCGCUCAAAACCUUUUCUCCCCUCUCUUCAAUUGUUUCCUCUUUAUUUUCCCCUUGCUAGUUAAUUAGUCUUUGUUCCUGAUGUCUCUUUACUUUAACAUAUGUCUAAUCACUCUCGUUUUACUGUCUCUUUUAGUCCUUUUUCAUAGAGGUUUAAGUGAGCAGUGCUAAUGACUUUAGCUGGUGGAGGCACAUACAGCUGAUUCCAUGUCCGUGGGCCGGUCAAAAUGUUCUGAUCUCACAAUUGGUCCAUGAGCCUUUAUGUAACCCUAGGGGGACUAUUGUCUUCCAUUACCAGAUUACUGGAUAGAUAUUUCCUGAAAUUUAGCCUUAAUCAUGUCAUUCCUGCCCAGAAAUUCUUUGAAUUGUUAAAAUUCUUUAUUUCAUUACAUAAUUAGAUGUGAAGAGUGAUAGAAACAUUAGGUCCUAGAAGAUUUGGCGUUACAAUUUUAUAAGUUUAGGAUCUCUUUGAUUGGACUUUUUGUUCAUUUGGUUCCCCAAUGUUUUCACUUUGUAAUUAAUGAUGGGCCUCUGAAUAAAUUCUGAAUUCAAAAACUUCAAGGUUUUGAAGUAUGCACUGUUCACACAUUUUCUGGGUUUGAUACAGUGAAAAAGUGCAACUAUGUAAUUUGAAUCAGAUUUUUUUAGUCUGUUUAGUGUAGUUUCUAGUGUGCACAUAAAAUUGAUUGAGUUUAACAUUGAUUUGAUGUGGACUGGACUUGGGUUAUGGCUGACAUUUCGUCCUCAUUAAAAAGGUUUGGGUGAUACUUAGAUAUAUAAACUAAUCAGGCAGGUGUGGUCCAUAUUACUGUGUAGCACUAACAUAAGAAAAAAAGCCAUGGCUGAGUCGGCAUGUAAGUUUCUGUAUGAUGGAUCACUUAAACAUUUCCUGCCUCUUCAACCUAGAAUGAAUCAAGUAGAAGAUUGCUUAUGUGUUCAUAGUAGACAUGUUAUAUUAUUAUAUUAGGACAUUAGUUGUAUUGGUAAAAGUGGUCUCUUUUUAAUGUAAUUCUUAUUAUUUUUACUAGAAGAAGAAGAAGAAAAGAAAAAAAUCAAAUCAAGUCUCACCAAGAGCAACAGAAAGCCAUUCUGACGGUGGACCUCCACAACACGUAUUUCCUCUGCCACCUCGCACAAAUAAUGGUAGGAAACCUAAAUAUAUAAACAGUUAUUAUAUUUAAACCCAUCCCACAUUAUUUAUUGAGUCAUGGUCAUCUUGGACAUAGAGGCCCAAAACUGAAUAAUUAUAUCAUGUAACAGUUACAUUAGCAGGGGCUGUAUCAAUGCUGGUAUUGGAGAAACCCUAGUAUUUCUCGAUACCUGGGCCAAAUUAGUGACCCACUGUGACUGAUAAACUGUGUGCAGUGUUGUGUGAGUCACACAUAUAAGUGAUACUUAACAUCCGUAUUUAGCUGUGGUCUUGAAGUAUCCCUUUCAAGCUAUGUAGUUUGCGUUUAUUUUCUGUUUGUAUCCUGCAUGUUAUAGAGCUGAAUUCCUGUUGACAAACGUAUAUUAGUGCCAAUAAGCUCUCCACAUUUAUCGCUUAUAUACUUCAUUUUGUCUUGUAAAUGCGACACUCCAGAUUUCUAAAGCACUUCAGCUUGCUGAAAUGCUUUAUGUUUGAGAACUGUGUCCACUUUUUAAAAAAGUGAAGAUUUCAAUAGAAAUUGGCACUGUUAAAAAACUAACCUUGGGGGGAGGGGGUGUGGAGCCAGCGACCUUCCGAUUUAGAUGCAGAAAGCUAAAGCUCGCACGAGCAGGCAACAGCGGCUACCAGCCACCCUUACCUGCCCCAAGAACCUGGCAUACAGUGAUCUCACUGCCAAUGGGGAAAAAGACCAAAAAAUAGCGGGCUGAUGCGAGCCCCGAAUCUUGAGAUAUCUGCACUUUUAUGCGACGGGCAGCCAGGCCUGAACAACCUAAAAUGGCGCCGGAUGCUGCCUCCACCUUGGCGUUCUCGAAUGAGGACAGCCUCCCUGAACAGCUAUCAACCUUCACUAAGGUACCUACAGUCGCCCAGGGCCCUCUGCGGGUGGAUACACAGCCCCCUUCAACUAAGGCUGACAUUAAAGCCCUACUCCAUGAACUUAGGGCAAAGUUUCAAGCUGACAUGCCAGGGGUAAAGGAGGAGGUGGCCACACUGUCCAGCAGGAUUGCCACUGUUAAGGGAGAAGUAGACACCACAAAGGUGGCCCAAUCUGUCACGGAUGCAGCUCUCAGCACAGUGCAAAAGAGCAACACUGACAUGCUCCACCGCAUGGCCAACCUGGAAGACAGAAUCAAGGCCAAGAAUGUGAGACUCAGAGAGGUCUCUGAAACUGUCACCAACAAAGAGAUACCUCAUUCUAUUCGUAGGCCUCUGGCCUCACUCCUACCCCCAAAGCAGAUGAAGUUAGUCGUGAUGGACUAUUGCUUUUGUUUACCAAUGGUCCCCAGGGCGCCAAAGGAAACACCCAGGGACAUUCUGAUAAAAUUUGUUCGGGACUCGGACAGAGGGAUUGUCAUGGGGGCAACCAAGGGGACUCCUACCACAGCAGUCGAAGGCUGUCAACUUACCUUUUACCAGGUGUCCCAUCACACCACCAUAUGGAGACAGUCCCUCUGACAUGUUAACCAAUGCCUGAGGGAGCACAAUGUGCCUUGCAAAUGGGGCACACGCAGGCUUUUAGCAGAGAAAGGAGGCAAAACCCACUCCCUAAUGCACCUUACUGAAGUAGCAGCCUUGUUCCGAAUGCUGGGUAUACCAGACGCACCUCACACACCAGCAAGCCAACCAUCCUGGUCUGUGGAUCAGAUAACCCCAUUUGUACCCAGAGCCGCGACAUCACAGCACAAAAAUCCUCCACCCUAAGGGGCACGACCGCGCACCCUUGCCUACCUUGCACGCUUAAUGUGUGAAAUCUGUUUCCUUAUUUCUCAUUUUCUACUGUUUAAUAUGUUCACUGUUGUUCUGUUAUGAUUUUGUUUUACCUCCACUGGCUCCGUAAGCUAACAAUUAGCAAAAGGCAUCCAAUCUGACACCCCCAUACCCAAAUUACCACUGGCAGACAUCCCUUACGCACAGAGGCCCAGCCAUUCUACCAGCUGACAGCUCAUACCCAGCCGUGAUACUCCCUCCCUAAAGACAAACAGACAAGCAGACGACAGGGCCACAAGCCACGCACACAUACAGGAUAAUUGUCCUACUUUUUACUUAAGCCUUAUGGUUUCUAACAUGCACGAUUAGUUGACUGCGGAUCUCUAGGCCCUUAUGUACUUAUAUUUUUAUUUCUCUUGUUAUUAAAAAUAAUGUGCUGUACCUUUUGACAUGCACCAUAUAUCUGAAUCUGCAAUGUUUUAAUGUGGAUGCUGCUAUGUCCAAACAAGUUUUAUGCAGCGGUUUAUAGCACGACAAAAACAAAGAUAGUGUGUUUUGCACAGUGGAGCUAAACGCAAGAGGCAGCAAUUGCUCAGAGCAAAGUUUGUGACAAGAGAUCUGCAGCUAUAGCAAGCUGUUUUACAUGUAUCCCCAAUAACAAAAAUGCAUAAUUUUUUUUUUUAUCUGGGCAGUGAAGUGUCCCUUUAAUGUCUAGUGUGGUAAUUGCGAGUAUUGUGGCCCAUUGCCUAAUUUAUAUGUUAGCCAAAUAGCACAUCUAUUUAAGUUAUAAAUGGUUGUAGAUUUUCCUUUUUAAUUGCUUUAAACUGGGAAAUAAAAUCAUCGCACGGUACUUCCAUAAUUAAGACAACUUGCUGACUCUUCCAUUUUUACUCUAUAUUUUAUUUUUUAUUCAGAAUGUUCAGAACGGAGUUCAUUCAAUGUGUGUGCAGCAUACAUAAUUAGAGGCAAUACAUGUUAGGACCAGUGGAACAAGGAAAUGAGAAAAGAUCGUAGACUCUAAGUAGUUGGCAUUAUACAUGAUGCCAUAUAGUAAAAAUGGAUGCCAUAUAUACUCUGAAUUUGCGUACUGGCAAUCUCUUCACUGGAAAGUUUAGUGGCUGCAUUAUUAAUGCCAUAUCGGUUUCUGAUUUGUAUUUCAAAGCACAUGUUGAUGCUCUCAAAACAAAAUAAUUUUCAAAAAAAUGAUAAUCUAGCAAAAGGCCACAAUUGUAAAACAAGAUCUGCAAGUUUAAUAACAUUGUGAAAAUUUUUAUACCAUGUAUUUGGAAUGAUGAUUUUGCCUCCCAAGUCCUUUCCUACUUUUUCAAAUCUUGACAAUACUGUUUGGAUCUAAAAAUGUACCAUAGAUCAAUUUGUGUCUGUUCGCAGUGUGCUCUGCUUACAUGAACGCCUAUUGGUCAUUCAGUUUAUUACCUAUAACAGAACGGUAUGCCUUCCCACCAUGGUCCUGCAUUCUAGAUCUUGUUUUUGGUCACCAAUGGUUUCAAAAUCCAAACUAGAAUAUUUUGUGACAAUUAGUAUUUUUUAACAAUGUUUCCAAAGUUUGGUGGGAUGUAAAUUAAAUAAACUAUUUUUGCAUAUCUAAAAAUGCAUUUCUUAACAAUAUUCACCAGGUUGCUUGUUAAAAGUACUGUUGGAACAUGUGUAUUUAUGUUUUCUUCUUUGGUUAUGUAUUCCAGAAAGUCCAAUUUCUCCUACUCCUCCUGGUCGGGCAGUACAAUCUCCAGCUUAUCAAUCACAGUCCUUGCCUGUGUUUGCCUCCAUCAACAACCGGCCAAUCCAGGCUUCUGGACCACCUGCAGAAUAUCACUCUGACUCUGCCGAGUCAAUGGAGGAAAUCCCAGUGGCACAAACUCAUCUUGGUAGUUCUUCCAUGAGUGAAAAUGUGUUCCUUAGCCAGAGCAUGCCCAAAGAUUUAUUGAAUGGCUCAGAACAUGGACUAAAGCAAAGCUACUUGAGGCCUGUUAUCAGGCAGCAAAAAUUUGAGCUACUAUCAAAGGUUCCUUCUGUCUUUGUCAGUGAGACCAGUGGACAACCUCUGCCCAAUGGACAUUUAAUGGAAGCUAGAGUGACAGACAAUCUGCCUAAUAAACAACAUAAAAACAUGCGGGUAACAAGGGGCAAAGUAGGAGAGCAGGCUCUCUCUUUUUCCAAUACAAAUGGAACUUCCAAUAGCACCGCAAGUCCAAGAAGUUAGUUAUUUUAUAUGGAAGUAUCUAACUAUGCUGGUUUUAUAAAUAAA